GAGAGAGAGAGAGAGAGAGAGACCCUGUUGUUAGGGUUAAGAGCAUAAAUAUAUACCAGCUCUCUUGGGUUUUGUCUGAAGUUUCCAUCUAAGGUUGUUAAACUCAUGUGUGUGUUGUUGAGCUUUUCUUAAUAGAUAUAAUAGUCAACCGCGUUCGAGAGAGAAAGACAUGCUAGAGAACAUGGCUUCACAAGAAGUGAUCCCAAAUGGCUUUGCUCAUCAGAACCCAAGUAUUCCUGGAUCCAAUCCACCACCACCUUCCACUACCACCAAGAAGAAGAGAAAUCUCCCAGGAAAUCCAGAUCCAGAAGCUGAAGUUAUAGCUCUAUCGCCGAAGACCCUGAUGGCGACGAAUCGGUUUUUGUGUGAAAUAUGCGGAAAGGGGUUUCAGAGGGACCAGAACCUGCAGCUCCACCGACGAGGGCACAACCUGCCAUGGAAGCUGAAGCAGCGGAGCACCAAGGAGCCGAGGAAGCGCGUGUACGUCUGCCCCGAGAAGACGUGUGUCCACAACCACCCGUCGAGGGCGCUUGGGGACCUGACCGGGAUCAAGAAGCACUUUUGCAGGAAGCACGGGGAGAAGAAGUGGAAGUGCGAGAAGUGCUCCAAGCGGUACGCGGUUCAGUCGGAUUGGAAGGCGCACUCCAAGACCUGUGGCACUAGAGAGUAUCGAUGUGACUGUGGUACUCUUUUUUCGAGGCGAGACAGCUUCGUAACUCAUAGAGCGUUCUGCGACGCGUUGGCCGAGGAGACGGCGAGAGUCAAUGCAGCCACCACCGUGAACCCAACGACCGCCUACCACUUCAUGGGCACUGCGCUCCUCCCUCCAAACCUCCCACCGAACCUGCCUUCCAUGUUCAAGCCAAUCUCAAGCAGCAUGAGCACCGAGCCCAUGAUCAAUCACCAAACGAGAAAUGGCGGUGUUGGUGGUGGUGGACUUUCUCUAUGGAUGGUUCAAACCUCUCAACCCCAAGAAUCAUCGCUAGGCAUCAAUUUGCAAGAGAUUCACCAACUUGGGUCUCUAAAUAAUCCCUCAGCAACACAUUUGUAUGCCGACAACACAUGCCCAAGCAACAACCCUCCACCAUCGGAUCACAAUAUGAGCAGCUGGGUAUUCGGAAGCAGGUUCUCAUCAAAUACUGCCUGUGAGGACAUCAGCAUAAACCCUCCUUCACUUCACCACAUGAAGGAAGGUCCAAAUCACCAUCAUCAUCAGAACAACAUCCUAAGCGUCCCUUCACUGUACAGCACUCAGCAUCACCAACAAGCUUCAUCCCCCGCGAACAUGUCCGCGACAGCUCUCUUGCAGAAGGCGGCGCAGAUGGGCGCCACGUCAGCCACCGAGCCAUCUUUCUUGGGGAGCUUUGGGUUGAAGCCCAGCAAUAAUGAUGGUCAAGAACCUCAAGAUCAAGAUAAUAAGUUUUGUGGGCUUUUUGGGUCAAACCAAAUGCCCAGCUCUGACACUGCAGAGGACAUAACACUGAGCACAUUGCAAGCAUACCCACCACCUGCGAAACGCAGGAACAUCACUCAGAGUGAUGAGAACAAUGCUUCUUCUGGAGGUGGGCAAACUAGGGAUUUCUUGGGUGUGGGCGUGCACACCAUGUGUAACCCUCCAUCCAUCAAUGGUUGGAUCUGAUGAUGAUGAUGGUGAUGGUGACGAUGAUCGUGAACGGUGUGCUCAAAUAAGAAAGAAGAAGGCAAUUUGACAAAAAAGUUGGGACUUUCCGAAGGGAAAGUUGGGAACUUUACAAUGGGAGAGCGAGAGAGGCAAGGAAAAAAGUUGGCAUAAUUGAGUGCUGAUGAAUUUGCCCUAAAAUGUUUGGAGGGUCGAAGGAGAUAUCCAUGCAUAUUCUCUCUUAGCUCUUCAAAAAGUUGAUGAUUUCAUUUUAAAAACAAAAAAAAAGUGGUGGCUUUAAAUAGCGUUGUUUUGAGGGAGGUGGUGGACUUAGUGGGGACCAAAGAGGAGCCUCGCUUUUUAGCUCCAUUAUUGCAAUAUCGUUUCAUCUCUUCUUUGGUCGUUUAUCCUGUCAAAGAAAAAAAAAUGUGAGAGUGAGACGAAUCUAAAGAAUGUUUCAGUGGGAACAAAGGCUUGAUGCUAGUACAAAGCAUAGGGCUUGAAUAAGCCAACUGGUGGUAUCAAUUAUAGCCUUUUUCACAUCACUCGAACCAUGCAUGCGAGCUUAAUUUAUGUUCAUGUGAGUAGGGUUAGAUGGAGCUGUUACAUGCAAGAACUUGGAGGCGGAGACAAUUCUCGGUGUUGCUUUUCUUCUGUAUAUAUAUGUGUUAAUCCGCUGCUCAUAUUUUCUUUCAAUUUUUCACUACAAUCUUGUCUAACUCUCUGCUGUAAUGAAGUUCUGGUGCAAAUGUUAUAGGUUAUUGGUGCCAAA